AGUUGUUGAAUACAGUUCUUAGCGUUAACAAUAGCAAAGCCAAUAUAAAAAUGGGUAAAAAAUAUAAAAUGAAGUCGGUGGCAAACCAAAAGAAGGCUGUCCCGAAGGGGGGUCCUGAGAUUGCAUCGAAGGAACCUGAGACGGCGAAGGCCAAGGAAUCGAAAGUUGUCGAUUCAAAGUGCAUUGUCCCAAAGGAUAAUCCUAAUAUGGUCGAUACAAAGGAGGCCGACAAGCACUUGGAGCAAGUAGCGGCCAUUGCCAUUAUGCCGCUGCGCUUGGACCAGCAUAUCCAGGGCAUCAAGGCCAUCCAGAAGCAGCUCUUGGCGCUUCACCAGCAGCAGGUGAUAAUACUCGACGAGUGCACCAAUCUCCUUCAGGAACUAAAUGCCAUUAAGCCGCGCAAUGAUUUGGAGGUGAAGUUGGUCUUGGACACGUUUGUUGAGAUCAAGGACAAGCUAUCAGAUGUGUUUGGGCACUUUCUGCCCGCUCAGUUGGAUAUUUUAAAGCAGGUGUUGGGAAAACCCAAUGAUAUAAAGCCCAAGUAAAUUAGUAUUCAAAGCUUGAAUAAAGGAAGACGCCACAAAUCUUAAUUUCCUUGGCAAACUUAA